AUGGGGAGUCGACCUGGCGGAACGCCAGAUGUCGAUAACGACCGCCAUGGCCACCAGACUAUUCACACUCUCCAGCGACCCCAGAUACCCGCCUCCAUGUCUGCGCCCGCUGGCCGCCUGCCUCGACUGCUGCCCGCUGACCUUUCCUCCUACACCGACUCGUACCUGCCGACUGCAGCCAUCCCACCGUCCGCCACUUCCCUCGCCGAACUCGCUCACCUAAUACGCCUCCAGGGCUACCAAGAGCAGCGCAAGACCCACGCCCGCGUGCGUCUGCACCGAUGGCUAGUCUCAAGCGCCCUCUCCGCACGUCUGGUACAUUGCGGAGAGCUUGCGUACCGGACCCUCGUAGACAACUUCCGGUCAGAUGACAAGAAGUCGUUCGCGUCCCUAUACAAUGCCCUCAACGAUGUUCGCAACUCGUGCGAUGCCACAAGACAAUACGCCCUUUUGGAACCGGAUCUGGAAUUUGGCAAGUCCAAGAACAUGAAGAGCGAGAAGCCCCUCUCUGCUUCAACUUUCCUGAAUGAAGUUCCGUCCAAGAUUCUGGACAAUCUUCUAGAUUUCAUUUCCGAAAUCCGCACCAACCCUGAGUUUCUUGCUGCCCGCAUUUCCAGUCUCUCGCAGCAAGAGCUCACUUCUCUUACGUCUUUCCGUCAGACCAUGGAUCCUAUUGACUCCGUCAUGUUUGCAAACGCCCGUAGCCGCAAUGCUUCCUCACAAAAGCCCCAACAGCAAGGAACGAGCCCAGUAGAACGCCUACUAUCUUUCCAGCGCCAUGAUCCGUUGUCUGCUCUUGUCUACACCAUUUUCGCCAACUCGUCUGGACCCGACUCAGCCGAGGACCUUCGUCGUACGGAUGUAUGGGCCACUGUUUGUGCCAAAUUGAUUAAGAACAACAACCCUAACUUCAUCCGGACUGUACUUGAUGUUUGGGCAGGUAUGCGAGAGUGGCCUGGCAAGACCAACUUGGAGCUAUAUCUUAUGCAGACCCUACAGGAUGGCCAGUUUCUGCUUGAGAAGCCAGAAGAGCAGGCAGCACGACCCGGAAUGCCAGUCCAACGUUCGACUAAAGAUACUAUUGCAGCAGACGAAUUCUUCGACAAGGCUGUCAAGCGUUUGUUCGAGGUCGUAGAUGAUGAGCCCAGUGCCGGUGGCAUCCCAGAAGGAGUCUUGGAAAUUGGAAAUGCCAUCCUUCGGAAGCUAGAGGACGAGAAGAACGUGCGCAGAGCUUCUCAAAACUUUUUCACCCAUGGCAUCAUGAUUGGCCAUCACAUCAGCGAGCACGCCCGCAUAAAGAUCCUCAAGGAGGUUGCCAUCCGAGCGCAGAAAUAUGUCGUGGACAUGACCUAUAACUGGCAGAAGAAAGUACCGGUGCUUCCAGAGAUCCGAACACAUAUCGAGAAUAUCUUGGCCCGGUUCAAGCACACCAAAACCCCCUCGAAGCCAAUUUUGCUGCCUGCAAAGGCCAUCACAUCACCCAGGGAAACUGUAGAAGUCCAGCCUUUUAUUGUCCUCUCCCCAGCAGACAUCGUUACCUUGGUUAAUGCGCUUUUCCCGGAGCGCCGUCCAUCAUCUAGCCAUAUGGACAAUGACAGCCAGCGUCGUACUGGUCUCGCUUCAUCUGCUUCCUCCAUGUCCGGAAUGUCGGUACCAUUCCGGAAUGCAGCCGCUUCCGUGACUGAUGCAAGCUCUAUCCUGAGUGCCAGUGCUUCUUCCAUGACCAGCGACCAGACCUCGCGCGAGCCACUCUUAGACGGCAACCCGACAACAACCGACUCCCAGACCGAGAUGAAGCCAGCACCAACAGAACAAUACGGAAAACAGCUGCGAUCGGCGUGUUCAGAGAUGACUCGCAUUCUAGGCUUCGAAGCGACAUCAGGUUCAUGCCAUCCGUGCGCAGAGCGAUGGGCUGUUCUUUACAUCUCCGCUGAUGGAAAGCAGCUGAAGCCGCGUAUGCGCAAGGACUUCGAUGAUGAAGACGAACACGAUGAGGACUCACCUGACAGUGACAGCAGCGAUGACGAGGAGGGUGGAAACAGGUUCGAUCUUGGAAAUGACUACCACCAGUUGAAGGAGGCAAUCGCCAAACUGGUAGAAGAAUAUGAAAUCCCGAAAGAACUGGCGCCCGACAGCGAAUCAAAGAACUUCAGCAACCGGAUGACUACCCGCAAGAGCACACGUGGACGCGGCCCAGUACGCAAUGUUAGCGAGAAUCUCGGAUCACGCAACCCAUACAAUUCGACCCAGAGCCAAAGCCAGCUUACGAACAUGAUUGCAAGUCAAAGAAACGUCUCAUCUCGACGCUCACCACAAUUUCCAAGAAGCCACAGUAAUCCACAAGUCGGUGAGAAGCAGGAGAAUAAUUCAGUCCUCGUCACCAUGCUUGAAACGGCCAUGUACCAGUGUCAAGCACGAUCCGAUUUUGUGAACGCGCACAUGUACUACAAGACGUUACAGAGUCUGAAAAGACUCAGCUCUCCGACACUGGUUAAGAACGGUUAUGCGGCUCUUCUCAAUUACUUCUCCCGCGGUCCGCGCGACCUGCUCAGCAAAGCAGCCAACGCUAUCGAAGAGUUCGAGGCUUGGUUCGUGUGGCUCAAGCAGUCCCAGGAGCGGUCAGAUGGCAUGGUUGAGGAGAUGAUGAUCACGUUCAAGAACCUCCGCGACAAGAUGUGGUAUAUCACAGAUGUUCGUACCUCCAAGCCAUACGAGGACGCUAGAAACGUUGCGCUUGCCCUCAAGAUUAUGGAGCAGCAGUCGAAGACACUCAAUACCAGGGGCCCGUCUGGUUCCCAACCGCGGAAUACCAACAGCUUCUUACGCCAAAACGAAGCUCAGCUCGUUGACCUCAUGUCCGCUACUCAAGAUUUCGGUGGUCCAAACAAGCUGUCAGAUGAGCAGUCGCAAAUCACCCUAAAGUGGCUCAUGCAAUACAGCGUAGAGAACUUCUGCAAGGGCGAAGAGCGGAUACAUCGUUUCUGUCUUGAAGUCGACAAGUGCGUCACCAAGAUUAUUGGCGAGGGUGUUCUGGACGGUCCCGUGCUUUGGUCCAGCGACCUAUACAAGCGUGACCAACAGAUUCUGGAGAGCGGACGGCAGAAGGGUGAUUUAUUCCUGACUGGCGUCGGCACGCUUUCUAUCGCUGGUGAUGAGGAGUACGAGACCCAUGGCCGACCUGGUUCACGUAGCCACGACUUUUCGCAACGACCAAGUCAAGGUAGUCUACGUGCCGCAGCCAACCGCAAUGGUUCUUCUAGCUUCGAUCAGAGCCCCUGGGGAAGGAAUCCUAUGGACUCUCAUGACUACUUCGGCGGCUCUUCGCCUGUUCUGUCAAUCGACUCUGUGGCUACUUUCUGGUCGCCUUUCCAAACUCAAGCGCAGUCGCCCACCAACGCGACCAGCAUUCGCCCACGUACCGCAUCAUCUUCAAAGGGUACGGUAAUGCUGAAGCAAUCUGCAAUGGUCAACGAAGACAAGCGUCGUUUCAUGCUCGAUCUGAAGCAAACACUCACAGGUCUUCUCUUGAGCGAUCUCGGAACGAUGGUCUUCGCCAACGGGAGUGAGACGGACUCAUGGUUCUGUGGUGACCUACUUGACGACGUCUUCGAGCGCAGGGACGAAGAAGAACGCAAGCGCAAGAAGCAGCUUGCUAAGAAGAGCAUGAAGAACAUUCGAAAGCAGACGCUGCCCGAUCAACGUAAUCUGCCUUUGGAGACGCUUGGCCGCAAUGAGCGGGGUACAGCUGCCCCACCUGUUGCGACAUUCCAACAUGCCAGCGCGUCCGACGCUCAUCAAUCAGCUGGCGAGCAUUCUUCGACUUCUAGCGAUGCAACUUCACGCUCGGUUGGCAACGCUACGGCGAAGAAAGCAGGACUCCUCGAGUUUCCAUACAACGUUGCUUUCCGGCGGCUUUUGGGCAGAUUCCAAACGCAUCCCAAUCCCUUUUCCAAGUUGCAUGCACUAUAUGAGCUGGAGCUACUCAUCAUAGCUUCAUUGUCUUCUCGAACAGGUCGCUCUUACAACAACCGCCGCGAGACGCUUCCCCCAGUUCCUCAGUCGCCUACCCUUGGCACCAUGCCGGAACUCAGCUCUCGUGAACCAGCCACUCAGACUUCUCGUGCACAGAACCUCGAAGAAGCAAUCGCCAAUUGCGAGGAACGCCGCUCUCAUAGCAUGCACGUAGAACGUGUGAGCAACGCUUCUCCUCUACCUCGCAACGGUGCACGCUCCCCGGUUGGACCACCAAGCACAGACAUGAUUGUUGAAGUCAUCCAAGGCCUCUUCCGCGAUGCUAACAUUCGACCCAAGACACUGUUCCGAGACCUGCAAUACAUUGCAUCAUUUGUACCCGCGCAGAUGCUGGACAAGACUGCACGAGGCAAGGCAUUCUGGGAUGUCGGUCUUGCUGCUCUUGGCCUCAAGCAAGAUGUCUGCCGGAUCAUGGUUGAGCUCGUUGACGAGGUCAUCACACAGAACUCCAAGCGUGAUGCAGGCAAGGCCAGUAGUGGUGGUGCUGCUGAGAAGGCAGGCGCACCGUCCACCACACCGGCCCCGGCCGACGAACCAUUAUCCAAGUACACCAUGGAGGACGCUGGGCGCAUGCUUCUUAUUACUGCCAAAGAAGGUGAUGCAGUUGCGGAGCGUGAGCUUGCUAUUUUUUACCUCACUUCACCCGAGCUCGUUCAUCGCACCGUCCUGCCACUCACCAGGCCCAGCGAGGUCUUCAAGACUGAGCUUCUCAACCGUGAGAGGAAAGCGUCACAGGACCCCGCCCGCAGUGACCCAAUGACGAUGUGUGUUGCACAACACUGGAUGGAGCAGUCCAUGAAGGGCGGCGAUCAACUUGCCGCCAAGUACUUGCGCCAGCGCAGCGAGCUGGAGAACAUCAACCCGAGCAGGGCAUAG